AUGGAGCAUGACUCAUCAUCAGCUGACCCCCAAACCAAAGAUUUUACCAUUGAGCCGCGUCUUAUUCUAUGCUGCGAUGAGUGCGGGGAAUGCUUCGCGUCGCCCGAUUACCUCGGAAGGCACCAACGCAAUAGGCACAGGGAAAGAAUUCCGGGCAAGCAUCAGUGUGCCUACUGCUCGUACUCCAGCAAUGAUAGGCAUCGAGUAACUUCUCACGAGCGGACGCACACGGGCGAGAGACCGUUCGUGUGCAAGAUCUGUAAGAAAGGCUUCGCGCAGCUGUGCACCCUGGCCGCCCACAUGGACACCCACAACGACCAGAGGCCGCACGCGUGCGGACUCUGCGACAAGCGCUACCGCAGCUCCUCCUCCCUGGCCGCCCACCGGAGACUGCACACUCGAGACGCGAAGCCCUACGUGUGUCCCGAGUGCCUCAAGGGAUUCAAUCAGCGGUGCGUUCUGCUGCGACACCUGGGGACGCACUCGGGACUCAAGCCGCACGUCUGCGACGUGUGCGGACAACGGUUUACUCAGAGUGGCAGCGCGAACAGGCACAGGCGCUCGGCGCACAGCAAGCAGGCGCCGGUACCUGCCAAAGAGUAAGAAGCUGGCAUCGAGCGUGCGCCGUCAUAUAGGGCCAGUUUGCGUACGUGCUUGGGUGGUGCUACUCGACAUUGUUCUGCCACACCGGACGCGGCGUUCUAAUAGCUCAGCUGUGUGAAGUACGUGGACGAUUCGGUAACCAUGGCCUCGAGGAUGUCACAGUAAAGGCCGUACGUUAAUGAUCGCGAAUCCUCCAAUUUAAACAUGACGACCUCGGUGUCCGCCGGAAGACUUUGGACAGACAUUCGUUGCUUUGUUUGAACCUGGACUGCUU